AUGGAACAUUCAAAAGGCCUUUCUUUACGUCAAAAAUAUCUGGGAAGGUUGGAAUUGAGCAAUUGUGAGAACCUUGAGACUCUUCCAAGCAGCAUUGGUAAUUUGACGGGUCUUCAUGCUCUUCUUGUUCGUAACUGUCCAAAGCUCCACAAAUUGCCCGACAAUCUGAGAAGCAUGCAGUUAGAAGAACUAGAUGUAAGUGGUUGCAAUCUGAUGGCAGGAGCAAUCCCUGAUGAUUUAUGGUGCUUGUUCUCAUUGCAAUCGUUAAAUGUGAGUGGAAGCAACAUUGAUUGCAUACCUGGUGGCAUCAUUCGUCUUUCUCGGUUGCGUACCCUUAUCAUGAAUUGUUGCUUGAUGCUUAAAGAAAUUCCAGAGCUUCCAUCAAGUCUAAGACGGAUAGAAGCACAUGGUUGUCCACUCCUGUAA